CCCACAUCUUGUGGUUAGGUUAACCUUAAGGAUAUUUGUGCAAAUCAUCAUGGCAGAGGCGGAAGGGACCCACGGACGCAUUAUCCUGGUUGCAAUGGACGGAAGCAAACACUCCAAGCAUGCAUUUGAAUGGUUCGCGGACUACCUAUACUGCCCAACCGACCGUGUGCUGCUGGCGUACUGUGCAGAGCCAGUCCACAUCAGCACGAUAAUGUCAGGCGACCCUAUGAUGGCCCGCCAACUGCUGAAGCAGGAGGAGCAAAAAAUAAAGCAAAUCUUUGACAGCAUCGACACCAUGGCCAAGUCACGCAAUGUGAAACACCAUUUGUUGCGGCUGGAUGGAAAGCCAGGCCACGCCAUUGUGAAGGAGGCAGAGAAGCAGGGCGCCACCCUCGUCGUCACCGGGAGUCACGGCACAGGUAUCGUCAGGAGGACCCUAAUCGGAAGCACUAGCGACUUCAUUAUUCACCACUCGCACGUGCCCGUUCUCGUCUGCAAACACGAGGACGAACACCAUAAACUGAAAUAGCACGUGGAAAAUAAACCUCCAGAUAUCAUAAAUAAUUGACAGAGUCAGCGUAAUGCACCAGCCAAUUGUAACCACGCCCCCCCCCCCCAGGUCCGGGGAAUAGCGGGUCCCUAAUCCCGGGUAUAAUCUCCGCCAUGCGGGGACAAACUGCUGGUAAAAUCCCCGGCAAAUGACCCCCCCCCCCCCGGGAACAUCCUAGGUAAGGCCCAUGCAUUUCCGGCGCGAAAACAAAACCACCGCAUUCACUCGGCACUGCGGGGCCACCUGGAAGGUAAAAACACGACCCAUUUCCCCCGGUAUAUUCCCGGACCUGGGGGCCGUGGUUACAAUUGACUGGUGCAUAAAAGUGGCAUGAAUGAUUCAUUUGUUUUGUAAUGAGCAAGCAGUGUUUGCUUUUGUAACAUCCUUAAGAAUCUCAAAAACGGGUAACAAAAUAUAUCAUCUUUUAAUCAGGUCAUUCGGUUGAUAGGCAUUGCAUUCGACAGCUUUAAUUUGCAUUCGUUUUGUUUUGUUUUGUAUUGUUUUGUG